UACGCCAUGGGCAAUAGAGUAGGUACGCCGACGUUGCAAUAAGAAUAUACAAUACAAAUAUAUUAUUCGAUAUAUCAAAUCGUUCGUUACAAAAUUCAAUAUAGUUAACCGCAUUAUUAUGACGUGUGUACGCGUGUAAGUGUUGUUAUGUUCGUCGAAAUGUGUCGUCAAACGGUCUACAGCUAUAUUAUAUAGAGAAUAGAGAUGCAGUAAAACGAUACAACAAACUACGUGAACCGACAGCUGCAGUGAUAUCCAUAAUAUAUAUAUAGUUACGUAUUGCAUCGUCGGGGUGUAUACCGUAUACGCACUGUGCUAGUCGCGGAAUACUAACUUUCGGAAUUUGAGCGCAACUUUAUGGGUCAAGUAGGUACCGAUAUAAUAAUAUACACAAACGAACAAGAAAUGUAUAAAAAUUCAAAUCGCUUCUGUUUUGCCUAGUGUGUUGCAGUUUAUUAAUGAUUGAAUUCCUGUCAUUAUAUUUUAUCUAAAGUUGAUAAUAUAUUUACGAGUGAAACCGAUGCAAUGAUAUGGAUUAACUAACAAAAUCAUCAAGUAAAACAUUGUAUUUUAUUAAGUACCUAAUUGAAUGAAAAACAUAAAUAUGGGAAAUAUUAUAAAUUUAUAUAAAAAAGUAAAAAAGAAGAGAUGAAAAUAACGUAAUACUGGAGUUAUUAUAACCAAUUAUUUAUACGAUCAGUUUACCAAGACCCUAUAUUAAUCGAAAAUAAUUAAAGGCCGAGUGGAAAUUAUGAUGAAGAAAUCAGUGGUGAUUGAAGCUGUGAUUUCGAUAUUGAUAAUAUGUUCAGUCAUUAACAACGUUUCAGGUAUAUUUUUCGGUUCAAGUGAUUUGACUUAUUGGAGAUGCAAAUUCAAACAAACGUUUCAGUGUCCAGACCCCGACGUAACGUUUUACUUGUACACGAGUGAUCUAAGAAGAAGGAUUAAAAUCGAUAUGAGAGACAAGUGGUCUUUGUAUAAUAGUGGUUGGAAUCCAAAUAAAAAGAACGUUAUCGUCAUACAUGGGUUUAACGGAUCGGAAAAUAAUAAGCUCAUGGUCAUACUAAGAAAUGCCUACUUGAUGCGUGGAGACUUUAACGUGUUCAUGGUGGAUUGGAGUCCGUUGACCGUGUAUCCCUGUUACUUGUCGUCACUAAGAAACACACGGUUAGUGAGUCAGUGCACCGCUCAACUGUACGCCCAUCUCACUUAUUCGGGCGCUUCCAUUUAUCAUAUACACUGCGUUGGCCACAGUCUCGGGGCUCACAUAUGCGGCAUGAUUAGCAAUCACUUGACGGAGAGACAGCACAAGAUCAUCGGUUUAGAUCCAGCCAAACCUCUGAUAGAUUUGUUUACGAUGGAUGAAUUUCGAUUGACGAAGGAUGAUGCUAAUUUCGUAGAGGUUAUACACACGAACUCUGGAGUUUACGGAGAGUAUCCUCAGAUAGGUCACGUCGAUUUUAGCGUCAACGGAGGUCGCAUGCAACCGGUUUGCGCUAACGAAGCAAAUAUCAUACAACAAUCGCGGUGCAGUCAUUUCAAGAGCGUAUGUUAUUUUGCGUUAUCACUUUCCAAAAGGCGCAACAUGUUUUUGGGCGUAGAAUGCACGGAGACCUGCGACUCGGUGGUGCUUCCUUCGUUUACGAACAAGAUCGAUGUCAUACCCAUGGGCCUACAAACGCCAGAAUGGGUAAGAGGAACAUUUUACGUUGCAUACGAUGAUCCAAAUAAUUUUUGCCAAUUCGACGGAUAGAACGAACUUAUUUGUCAAUGAAAAUUUCAUAAGCAACAAUGUACAAAACAGUUAUAUAAAUAGACUUUCCUAAUGGUAUGAUUUUCUUUUAAAUCAAUUAUACUUUGUAUAGUUUUAUUACCUCAAAUUGUAAAAAACUAAUUAGAAUGCAACAAUUAUUGUUAGAUUUAAUAUGUUUGAUUUCUUAGGAUAUCAUUGUAUUAUUACGAUGUGUUUAAUAUUUAAAGAUAAUAAUAUUAUUUAAAUUUAUCAACGCGCUAUAAUAAUAUGUAAUUUAAACAGUGUGUCAUAUCAUAAAUUAUUUAUAUCAU